ACAAAGUCACUUGAAAAAAAAGGGUUAUAAAAAAGAGAAACAAAUAAUAUAUCCCUGUAGGCAGCUAACUAAAUAAUAUCAUCACAAAUACCUAGUUUCUUAAUUAUUGAUAAGAAUCUAGUUCACAUCCUUUAUACACCAACUUGCCAGUACCAAAAAAUUAAAAAAAAAAAAAGACCCCAUAUAAUAUUGGGACAUAGCUGUAGCUACAAAAGGAUACCAUUCAUCCACUUUGUCAUUUCCUCUCUUAUUUCAAGAAGAAAAGAAAAGGUAGAAAUGGAGGAGAGAAGAGCUAAGGCUUUUAUGGUGGUUUUGUUGGUGUUUAGCUUGCUUGUAGGGCAGUCUUAUGCAGCUUUCUCUGAAUGCUACAAGGAAUGUUUUCUUAUAUGUUUAAUCAUUUCUGGUGGCUGUUUAGAUUCCUGUGCUUUUAAGUGUCUCAAGGAUUGCAUAUUGCCAUUACCUGCUACUUCUUCUUCUUUGGAUGAUAAACAACAAAUCCAUGACUUCUGCAAGCUUGGCUGUGCUUCCUCUCUGUGCACCAAUCUCAGCUCCAAGAACGAUCCUGGGGAAAAGAAAGUGGGAAGCUGUGUGGAUUCUUGCUCAAACAGAUGCACCUAGCUUCCUGAGAACCCACUCACCCUGAAGAGUUUGGUGUUUUAAUCUGUAGUAACUGUUACUAUAUAUAUUUAUAUAUAUAUGUUUUUUAUUUUUCUUUUUCAAUCAAUUAAACGUUCACGGGUUCGCAUUUUAGAAUGACAAUGACAAAAUGUUUGAUUUUUUGUCUUAA